AUGAAUUGGGAUUGGGAUGUGGACUUAAUGUCCUAUAUGGAUAUUGAAAAGAUGAUUAAAAAUGAAAGGUAUUGUAAUAUGCGGUGUUUAUGGUAUUGGAAUCCUAAGUUUUCUUUUUCUCGUGGACUUCAGCCUUUGAAUGAUGACAAAGAUGUGUUAAGGUUCAUGGAAAAUGUUAGAGAAUUUAAAUUGAUUGACAUUUAUGUUGAACACAAAGUUGAAGAAGUCAAUAUUGAAGAUGUUAGGUUUGAUGAUGCAAAUAUUGAAGAAGUAUAUGUUGAAGAUGCAAAUGCUGAAGAUGUAAAUGGUGAAGCUGUAAAUGUUGAAGAAGUAAAUGUUGAAGAUGCAAAUGUUGAAGGAGCAAACGUUGAAGAUGAAAAUGUUGAAGAAAUCAAUUUUGAAGAUGCAAAUAUUGAAGACGUCAAUAGUGAAGAUGUCAAUGGUGGGGAUGCAAAUGUCAAUAGUGAAGAUGUCAAUAAUGAGGAUGCAAAUGUUGAGCUUAAUAAAGACAAUCAAACAGACCUUAAUUAUAACAUGAGCAAUGAGGAUGGUGAGGAAAGUGAGGAUGAUGAGGGGAACUUAGGUCUUGAUGUUGGUGUUGAUUGGACCACAGUUCUCCCUAACACUUCAAUCGAGCAACCCUCAAGAUUGGAUGAUAAUUCUGAUAAUGAAGUUGUGAUUCAGACAAGCUUCAUACACCACUUGGAAGUGAUGUUGAAAAUGAUAUGGAAAGGUUUCCAGCUUUUAAAUAAACUACAAAGUUUGAAAUUGGGAUGA